AAUAUGAUAAAUGAUUAAGAGGGUUAUACGUCUGCAAUCAUUUUGACAAAACCUGGACCCACCCAUCUUCAUUAGUCCCCCUGAUACAAGCCCAACCCAGGUUAAAAUGCAAGGGAAGAGUGAGCCUCCCCACCAAAGAGGAGACAGCAGGGCAUAGAGAAAGAGCGUGGACACCCAGCUACGACUUCAGCUACAGCCUCCUUCAUUCACACAGACGUGCUCUCACUACUUGUUCUCUCUCUCUCUCUCUCUCUCUCUCUUCUGCUCCACUCUCACUCCCUCUUUUUGACUUACACACACACACACAUACACACACACACACACACAAUUUGCUCAACUCAUUCACAGACACGGGUCAGGCGGCCUCACGUUUCACCUUGCUCUGCCCCUGCCUAAAAGGAGAGGGAGCCUCUGCAAGGUGCAGUCAUCCCACAGUUGUUUCACAGCCGGGUAAAGUUAAAUGAAGAGACCUGAGCACUCCAGGGAAACUUGAGAAGAGCUAGAACCUUCCUUGGAGAUGGAAUUACGAAGCACUAAAUCACCUCUGCAGUGAAGGAGCAGGACAACCAGGCAGACAGACUCAAGAUCUUUGUACAUCAAAUUCUGGUCCACAUCAUUCCAGAUUGUCAUGUACUUUCUGAAUGGUUCCUGGUAAAAGCAGCUGCUGCCCACAGGGACUGUACGGAGUGUGGUGGCGAAUGGGGAGCAACAUCAUGCCAGCUGUUUGUGCAAGGUGCACCUUGGGAGUGUGACCCAUCAUGUGCAAAUGGACGGGGGCCGUUGCUGCUCACUGCGCCGACCUCACCUCUAUCGGCCCAGCCCAUAUCGGGCUUCCUCUUCUGCCCGGUGUUGCCCUUGUGCGCCUUGCAUGUGUCUCCUUGCUCUUCUUUCUGGCCAGCGCGGCUCUUGCAGGAUGCCCAGCCGGACUAGGUCAUGACCCAUUGCAGGUGCUGGCACGGAGCACAAACUGCUCAUGGACUCUAGAACGCCACACACGCAGUUACAACCACCUGGAGGGCGACGUGCGGUUACGACGCCUGUAUUCCGCCAACAAGUUCUUCCUCUGCAUUGACAAGAACGGCAAGGUGGAUGGCACACGGCGCAAAAACUAUCCAGACAGUCUAAUGGAAAUCCGAUCUGUUAGUGUGGGAGUUGUUGCCAUCAAAUCUGUCAGCACCGGCCUGUACUUAGCUAUGUCCAAAAAAGGCACACUCUUUGGAUCGGUAAGAUAUAGCCCAAGCUGCAAGUUUAAGGAGCGUAUUGAGGAAAAUGGCUACAACACCUACGCGUCCCUUCGCUGGAAGCAUAGCGGGAGACAGAUGUUUGUAGCGUUGAAUGGUCGAGGAAAGCCACGGAGGGGUCAUAAAGCUCGACGGAGACACCCUUCGACUCACUUCCUCCCAAUGCUCCCAACAUAGCGACAAUCGCUAAUUAGCCUUUUUAUUGUUAUUAAUAUCAUACACACAUAUAGCUGUAUAUGUUUGCAGAUGAUUCCUUCACCUUUUUUUGCAUUGUCACAUAGUAUAUUAACUUAUUCCUUCAUCUUUCUUAGCUUAAAGCCUAAUAAAGCUUUUAUAAAGUGUUUAAUAUUAAGCGAUUGGCUGCCAUAUUUGUGGUCUUGCUGGAGAAACUACAUAUUUACAACAUCUGUAACCAGCUGUUGUAAAAUGCAUAAGCUUGUAGUUAACAUUUCAGAAACAAAACAACAGACAAACAUUCCUAGUCACCUUUUUUCUCAGAUGUAAUGGACAGGUAUUUGUGCUGUAACAUUUCUUAUUCAGUUGAUGUGUAGUCCCAGUUCAGUUUUUUUUUGCGUGUGUGUG